AUGGAGGAGAGAGGAGUUCAACUAGACGAAGCUAACUUCUCCUGCUCCAUCUGUCUGGAUGUACUAAAGGAUCCGGUGACUAUUCCCUGUGGACACAGCUACUGUAUGAACUGCAUCAAAGAACACUGGGACAGAGAGGAUCAGAGGAGAACCUACAGCUGCCCUCAGUGCAGGAAAACAUUUAUACCAAGGCCUGUACUGGAGAAGAACAUCACAUUAGCCGCUUUAGUGGAGGAUCUGAAGAAGACUGGACUCCAAGCUGCUCCAGCUGGACCUGAAGAUGUGGCCUGUGACGUCUGCACUGGGAGGAAGAUGAAAGCUGCCAAGUCCUGUCUGGUCUGUUUGGCUUCUUAUUGUGAGAAACAUCUUCACCUGGUGGAUCCCUCCAAGAACCUCCAGGAGAACAUCUGUUCUCUUCACGAUGAGGUGAUGAAGAUCUUCUGUCGUACUGAUCAGCAGUGUAUCUGUUAUCUCUGCACUAUGGAUGAACAUAAAGGCCAUGAAACAGUCCCAGCUGCAGCAGAAAGGACUGAGAAGCAGAAGGAGCUCCAGGUGAGACGAGAAAACAUCCAGCAGAGGAUCCAGGACCAGGAGAAAGAUGUGAAGCUGCUUCAACAGGAGCUGGAGGCCAUCAAUGUCUCUGCUGAUAAAGCAGUGGAGGACAGUGAGAAGAUCUUCACUGAGAUGAUCCGUCUGAUCCAGAAAAUAAGGUCUGAUGUGAAGCAGCAGAUCAGAUCCCAGCAGGAAACUGAAGUGAGUCGAGUCAAAGAGCUUCAGGAGGAGCUGGAGCAGGAGAUCACUGAGCUGAAGAGGAAAGACGCUGAGCUGGAGCAGCUCUCAGACACAGAGGACCACAGCCAGUUUCUCCUCAACUACCCCUCACUGUCAGCACUCAGUGAGUCUACACACUCAUCCAGCAUCAAUAUUCGUCCUCUGAAAUACUUUGAGGAUGUGACAGCAGCUGUGUCAGAGCUCAGGGAGAAACUACAGGACAUCCUGAGAGACAUAUGUAGAAACAUCUCUCUGGCAGUCACUGGAGUCGAUGUUUUACUGUCAGAGCUGGAACCAAAGACCAGAGCUGGAUUCUUAAAAUAUGCAAGCGAAAUUACACUUGAUCCAACCACAGCAAAUAGGAAGCUGUUUUUAUCUGAGGGGAGCAGAAAAGUAACAUUAGUGAACAAACAACAGUCUUAUGCUGAUCAUCCAGACAGAUUCACUGACUGGUUUCAGGUUCUGAGUACAAUGAGUCUGACUGGACGUUGUUACUGGGAGGUGGAGUGGAAAGGAGGAGGAGAAGGAGGUGUUGUUGUAGCAGUUUCGUACAAGAAUAUCAGGAGAGGUGGAUGGUCAAAGAAAUGUUUAUUCGGAGCCAAUGACAAGUCUUGGUCAUUAUGUUGUGACACAAACUGUUGUGCAUUUUUUCACAACAACAUUAAAACUCCAGUAUCAGGUCCAGUUUCCUCCAGAAUAGGAGUGUACCUGGAUCACAGAGCAGGUAUUCUGUCUUUCUACAGUGUCUCUGAAACCAUGACUCUCCUCCACCGAGUCCAGACCACAUUCACUCAGCCUCUAUAUGCUGGGAUCAGGCCUUACCUGUUUGGAUCCUGUGUUGAGUUAAUUAAACUGAAAUAG